AUGCAAGGCACCAUAAUUGAAAACCUGAGCGGCAAGAAGUUGUCAGUGCUGGUUGUGCUUUUAAUAAUUGCACAAGUGGUUUGCUUCCUCAUAGGCGGCUUAAUUGCUCCUACUCCUGCCAGUAGUCAAAACAUUCUUGGUACACCAUGUAAGGAUAUUCGUAUUAAUGGAUCUGAACUUGGUGGAAAUAAGUGGUUCUAUUCAAGAGGAAAAGAUGCUUGUACUUCAGUUGACAUGAAUCGCUAUAGUUUAGAUAGUCAUCAUCAAGCUUACCAAGUCGUGUAUACAUUUCAGAUGCCUGUCCCUCGGAAUAGCAUGCAACUAGAUUAUUCGAGAUGGCAGCAAAAUUUAAUUGGUGUUUUACAAGUGGACAUAGUUUAUAACAGUCAGAUUGAAAUUGCUCCUAGGACAAAGAUAACACUAGAUGCACGGCUAGCAUAUCGAAAUAAAGGAGAUCCAGAUGAUGCUUGGAAACCAUAUGCUUCUUCUAUUGUGGAAAGAAUCUUGGAUUGUAGUAUAGACAAUAAACAAGACCAAUAUAAUUACAAUUGUGUUGUUGUGCCACUAUUUGAGUUGGGAUCUUUGUAUCAUGAUUAUUAUUUGUUAAAUAUUCGUCUUCCUGCUGAUACUGAUAAAAAUAUCAAUCAAGGAUUGGGACAUAUUGUCGAUUUGUGGCUUACAGCUAUUAAUCAGAAUGGAGGAUUCACGAAAGUGUGGGUGAGUUUAAAGACCGUUUAUUUCCCAGUAGUGCUAGGCGUUUUGGCUUGGUACUGGAGAAGAGUGCACAUGCUAUCGAGACCACCCGCACUUUUGGAGUACAUGCUCUUAGCUUUGGGCUCUGCCUUGACAUUCUUAAAUCUUCCAUUGGAAUAUUUAACACUUGCUUAUGACAUGCCAUUUAUGCUUUUAUUGGGUGAUAUUCGACAAGGAGUAUUUUAUGCAACAUUAUUAUCAUUCUGGCUUGUAUUUGCUGGUGAACAUCUAAUGAUUCAGGAAGGCGAACAAAGUAACUCAUUAAAAUGUUAUUGGCGGCAUCUCUCAGCAGUCGGAACCGGUUGUCUGUCGCUGUUCGUUUUUGAUAUGUGCGAACGCGGUGUGCAACUGAGAAAUCCAUUCUACUCAAUUUGGGUCACUGAUGUUGGAACGAAGCUGGCACUGUCUUUUAUUAUUUUAGCUGGUGUAUCGGCUGUAGUAUACUUGCUAUUUCUGUCUUAUAUGAUAUGGAAAGUAUUUAUGAAUAUUAGCGCAAAAAGAGCAGUUUUACCUAGUAUGAGUUCGGCACGGCGUCUGCAUUAUGAAGGAGUUAUUUACCGUUUUAAAUUUUUGAUGAUAGCUACGUUAUUAUGUGCAUCUUUAACCGUUAUCGGUUUUAUACUGGGACAGGUUGCAGAGGGACAAUGGAAAUGGGACGAUGAAUUACAAUUGGAAAUGACUUCUGCCUUUUUUACUGGUGUGUACGGAAUGUGGAACAUCUACAUCAUCGCGUUAUUGUGCCUCUACGCACCUUCUCACAAGCAAUGGCCAAUUGAGCCAUCUGAGAACAGUAUUAGCGAAGAAAUUGAAUUCUCUCCCUUGCCAACUGAUCCUAACGAAAUGCUGUCUCUAACUGCAUUUGCACGAAAAGCAACAGUAGACUAAAUAACAUAUUUAUGUCUGUGUAUAUUUGUAAGAAACAGGAGAAAAUGGCGAACUCUUACAUUUAAUGUACUUAAUUGUUAUAGGUAGGUAGAAUUUGUAACUAGUACUAGAUUUACAUUUUCCACUAUUUAUUAGGGACACAUUACACUGACUGAAUACUCUUAUAGUAAUACAAUUUUAUGUGUCAAAUUCGAUUAUUUAUUGCUUCUGAUGUUUUUGUAUACCUAUUUGUAGUAUCAUAUUGCGUAUAAUGAGAAGAUAUACAAAAAGUCAUUUCAUCUCUUAAUGUGUUCAUCAGUGUUAUGAGCACAAAUUCUGAGAUAUAUUUGAGGUAUGAUCUGCUGUUUUUAUAUACAUAUUAUUUAUAGAUAUUUAUAUAUAGAGUAUAAUGCAAUGUGUACAUUUAGAAUACAAAACAUUCAGCAAUUAAAAUUAUGUAUUUAAGGAUAUAAUGUAAUAAGACAAUCAAACAUUUCGAAAGUUGCGUGCGGACGAGAUGAAAUGACUUUACGAAUUAAGCGGUUAAUCUUUAUGAUUCAAAUAGGAUUUAUAGUUUCAUAUAUAUGGAUAUAUAUCACAUAUUUCAUAUAAAGGCUCUUCGAAUUGAAGAAUUUUCAUUCACAGAGCUUAUACUACUGCAUAAGGCAUAUUCCGUUUCUUAAUGAAUGAAAUUUUUCGCUAAGCAGAAAAUCAAAUCAAGCAGGAAAUCAAAAAGUUCUUUCUUUGACUAUAUCUUUUUUAUAAAUUUAGGA